AUGGCUGGGGUCCUUCUAGGGUGGGCUUUGGGCCGCUAUUCCUGGCACUUCUUGGAGUGGAGGUCCAGCUUGCUCUGGCCCCUCUGCUCAUUACUCCACAGCAGGGUGGGCUCUGUGCCCUCAGCCUGGGCCCAGGAGGCGCCCUCAGGGAGCACCCUGCCCCCGGCCCUCACGAAGACCCGGCCUGGACACCUGCUGCUGCUGCAGAACUGUCCUACUGAGCCAGCCUGGUCAGCCGGGCUGCGGGGCCUGAGGACCCAGGGUGUGGGGACCGGGGUCUCUGGCUGGAGGUGUCUGGGUUCUGCAGCCAUUUGUCAGGCAGCAAGGCUGACCGAUGACCCGGCCACACCUGGUUGCUCCGUGGCUGCCCAUCAAGCGUCUCUUCCCCAGGGUCGGGCCCCGUGUCCCCUGGGCACUGCAGCCCUUGCCGCACCGUGUUGUCACUGCAUCUGUCCCAGCUCCCUGGGGGCAUGCUGGCUGUGCGAUUGGCCCGCCCUCUCUGAGCCUGGGCUUGGUGAUGGCGGCCUCCCUCGCUCUGCUGAGGCCUCAGGAGUCGGUGGCUGUGCGCCAGAGCUGGGCGUGUGGCCCGGGCUCCCCAGCUCCCUUCCCAGGCCAGACGUCUGCUUUGCUGUGACGCAGGCACGUUGCUGGCCCUGCCUGACCCUCAGUUGCUCCUGCACAAGCCGUGGCCUCCCUCCCGAUGGAUGUCGAGGUGCUGCGGGCAGCAGGGUGGGGCUGAGGGCCUGGCAUGGCAGGUCAAGGCCCAGACUGGCCCCACCCUGGGGGCUCAGCAAUCACACUAACUCGAGGCUACCCAGCCCCAGCCCUCACUGUGAGGCCGACUCUCUGGGCCUCAGCUUCCCCGCCUGCAGGGGGGCCCUAAGCACUAGUGGCGAAGGUGAGACCCCUGGGCUCCACGAGACACCACCAGAGACACACAGGGGAUGCCCUCUGUGGGGUGCUCCAGGUCUCCUCAGGGCUCAGCAGGCUCAGGGCCCCUGGAAUGGGCCUUGGGACACAGCGGUUGCUGCUGUGUCCUGUCUUCCCUGGGGACAGUGCUGGGGCUGGAGGCAUUUGAAAUGGCCCCAGGGAAUUUCUGGGUAGACCUCCCCACCCCCAUGGCUGUUAGGAAACUCCAGCAGGUGGCUGGGACAAGUGGCCCUAGACCCCUGAUGGCCGUGGCAGAAUCUCUCCUACCACUGACCCGGAUUGAGACAGCCGAGUCUCUCGGAGUUGAACUUGGAGGCCCUCAGUCUCCCAGGAUGGUGCUUCCAGAACGUUCAUAACUCUUCCUAGGAUUCGAAUGAGAACCCCCACUGAACACCAUCAUGAGCUGUAUUGUAUUUUUUCCAAAGAUGACAUUUUUGCUUUGAGUCCAUAAACUUUAUCAUUAAACAUCUUCAUAUUUUCUUGUGUUUCUUGCAAUUUUCGAAUAAGUUCAUCUUGGCGCUCAAAGAUGUCCAGGAAGUCAGCUCUUUCUGAAGCCAGUGACUAUCUCAGGACAUUUGCAAAGUGGGAGCUCUGUGGACGCAGUGCCGAAGCCCAGCGCUCCUGGGGUGGCGGGUGCUCGGCUGUGAGGAGCGGUGCUGGGCGUCUGACCCUGUUUCUCUGAGCAAGCUGAAGACAGCUGGGUGCAGAGCAGCUGGUGUUUACCGAGUUCCCUGAUUUCACCAUUUCAGAUCUGUAGGCGUAUUUUGCAUAUGAGAACUUGAACUUGGAGAUUUCAGAAUAAAUCCUUCCUUCUUUCCCUCCCUGCA